ACAAUAUAUUCAACUUUCGCUGAGUUCAUACAUAGUAGGUAACUAUUUACGAGUUUUAAUAAAAUAUAUUUAUUUGUUUUUUUAUAAAACAAAAUGUCAACAACGACAUCGUUGGACAUCGAUGAAAUGAGUGCUGAAGAGAAAAUCGAACAAAUAAAAAUUUUGCGAGAUUUAAUUCGCCAGAAAGAAAAGUCUGGAGAUGGAUGUACCUCAGAGUUUCAAAAGAACGGCAAAAAAAAGAAUCUUAUCAGUGCCACAGUAAUGUCAGCUGUAUUAGUUACUAGUUUCGUUUUAAUUCUGGCAAUGGCAUUAUAUUCAUUUCGAACUCUAUACCUUGCCAUACAAAAAAAAUUUCCUGCCCAACACACAGAGUUGUAAUAAUGAACACAAGACCAUUAAAAAUGUAUCAAUUUUAACUUCAACAUUUAUUUUAACAUAAUAUGUAGAACGUAGGUACCUAGUUUUAAAUUUUAUUAUUAUCAUAAGUCAAUACAGGUUAUCAAAAAAAAAAAAAAAAUUACAAUAAUUAAAAAAAAUAUCCAAUGCCAUUGUAUAAUUUAUCUUUGAGACUUUUAAGCUUUAAAUUAAAUUAAUACUUAUUUAUUUCCAGAUUUUAUUAAUUUUUUUAAUACUGUCAUAUUUUCUGAAACCACAGCUUGUCGAUAAGAAGU